AUGAUGGACGGGCAAGCGACUGCAGUGAUCUCGGACAUCCAAAACACGGUUGGCCUCGACAUACCCGCCGCGACCUUAGUGACCCAAGAGGUCACGGGUGGACCGUGGACGCCAACCCAGAAGAGUCGGAUCGCUCUUGCCCUCUCGAAUCAAGUGGCUCAUGGAGCACCGACGGCAGGACGGAAUCGAGCAGUGCAGAAUGUCCCUGCACUCGAACACUUCUUCACCAUCGACGAUUGGCAGACGAUCGAGAAUCCAGACUUCUCUUGGGACCCGAAGUUGAAGAUCGUCGGGGAACGGAUGUGGAAACUCGGUAUCACAUGCCCUUCGGAAUCAUGCCUCAAGCGAAGCAUUGCGAUAGUGUGUUACAAGGGGGGUAAAGGCCCAGUGCAUCCUACCGAGAUGGUGGCGAUGGCCCAGACCCUGAAGCGGAUCAUCAAGGGUAUCGACAAUGCGAGCACGGGCUGGCCGUUCCACCACAUUCCGACCUACCCUAUGGAUCCGACUGCGCUCCCCCCUGGAGUCUACGAGCUCGCCUUCCAGUCGACGGCUGGCCCGAUCACCCCGCCUGAUUGGAACCAUGCCGACUUUGAUAAUGUGGUCAGGCACGUGCCCAUCAGGAAGACCCACAAGGAGCUGAGGCCUGACCAGAACUCUGCGAUCGUCCCCUUCGGCAACCCCUCUCCACCGAGGCCCCCCCAAUCGCUGCAGAGCAUGUUCGUUGACCCGAACCAAGCCAUGGCUAUGCUGGGUGGAAUCAUGAGUGCUGCCAUGGGCCGUGGGUUCCCAGGAGGCGACCAGGGCCAAUCGCAGGCGGGCUUGAUUCAGUUCUGCGAGCCCGCGUCGAGGAGGCUGGCCAGCAAACGCUCGUUGUCGGCUACCACGCUGCCGCUCAUGGGUCAUGGUGGUGCUGACGACAUCGCCAAGCUGUCCGACGUGGACUCCGAGGCGGCCUCUGGAGCGGCUCCAAGCGUGGUUGCUGGUGGUAUCCUCGCCCCUGCUGGUGUCGCAGCCCCAACCACGGCAGCGACAGCCGCCCCAGCCCUCGCGUCCAAGACGGACCUCGACGAGGCAGAGGCCCUCGAGCAACAGUUCAUCGACGCUGCCACUUCGAAGGGCAAGGCCAAGGGCAAGGCCAAGGGCAAGGCCAAGGGCAAGGCCAAGGGCAAGGCCAAGCCCAAGGCCGAGCCCAAGUCCCCUGCCUCGCCCAAGGACUCCACGCCGAAGGCCAAGGUCAAGGUCGAUGCCACGCGCACCCCAGGCAAGCUCAAGACCUUCGAUUACAAGCAGUGGCUCAACCCCAAGGACAUCUUGGGGCGCUCGCGCAAUGCUUUCACGUGCCGCGCGUACAAGGGCGCCCAGGCAGCUGCGAGGAGUAUGGGUUGGAGCGAUGAGGAAGCUAUCACGGUGGCCCGCAUCGCACUGGGCAAGGCGGGCGAGGCUGAGGGCUUACCAGACGCCUUCUCUCCGAGCUCCAUCGCGAGGGACAGGUCGUUGGUCUCACCAGGUGCACUGAAGGAUCUCCAAAGCAAUAUUGGUUUCAACUACGUCGAAACUGGCAUGCUCCAGGAUCCGUUCUUGAAUAUUGAUGUGCCUGCAGUUGUAGCAUGGGAUUUCAUGCACCUUUAUCUUUGCGACGGAGUCUUCACAGUUGAAUUUAAAGCAUUGAUGGCGUAUUUGGCACCACACAAAUUAGGAGGAAAAACGCUUGACGAAUACUUGCAGCACUGGCAAAGCCCCCUGGCGUAUGGAAGUGCCAAAGAGGUUUGUCGCAAGCACAAAGACAACGGUGUUGGCGGCUGCGCGAGCGAACAGCUCACCGUGGCGCCCAUACUUGAAAAGUACCUGCUGGACGUCGUCUCUAAACAUCCGAGUGUUUGCAGAAUGGUUGUGGAGAGUGGUGUAGCUUUAUGUCGCGCGGUCGCAUUGGUCUCAAUGGCUAACUCGGGCCUGGUUACGGGCACAGAGUUGGGCGACGCCGUGAUUGGGCACCUCGAGGCCCAUAAAACAGCUUGGGGCGACUCCAUCUGGAGACCUAAGCACCACUGGGCACUUCAUUUGCCCGCCCAGUUCAUCAGGCACCAGUGCCUGAUGGGCACCUUCCUACACGAAAGCACGGCCCGGAGCUCGAGCGCGGGCGCGCGCAAGCGAGCGCCGCCGAGGUUCCGCGGGGCCCUGGCCUACCUGUUGCUGCCGCAGGCGCGGAACCCAGAGGUGCCGAAGGUGUCCAGGCACCGAGUCUUGGAAGGCGUGGCCCUGCUCGUGACGUCGCUGGCCCCAGCGGAGCGCCGCGAGGUGAUGGAGCUGUUCGUGAACGAGGUGCCCCUCAGGGUGAUGCGACAGGCCGUGGUGCCAGCCGUGCUGCUCUUCCUGAACGAGCGGGCCGCCCAGUUGAGCAGCGCCGCCGGGGCCGUGGUGCCAGACGAUCCGGCGAUGUGGCGCGGCCUCCUGCUGCUCCAGGGCCUGUUCUUGGCCAACGAGCGCAUGAGGCAGCAGCAGACGGAGCUCAAGAUGCAGGACGCCUCCAGCAUCGGCCUGGAGACCCUGUUUAUGCGCCCGUGGGAAUUCCAGGUGGCGGCGCUCAACGGCGAGACGAACGUGUUGCCGCUGGAGGCCUUCCGCCAGCUGGCUAAGGCCUUCGGCACCGACCUGGCUGUCGCGGCGCUGCCGGACCCAGAGGAGAUCUUCUUCGCGGAGUGGGAGGUGGAGAACGGCGUCCCCGUCCUCCCCGACAAGCUGCGCGCGUUCAUGGUGUACCGCAACUUGGUGCCCACGUCCUUCAAGCAGAAGGUCCUGCAGGUGUCCAACUCCAUCCGCCAGCAGAACUUUCAGCACGCGCAAGGACUCGCGCACGCCCUGAUCGACAAGCGCGGGCGCGGGGCCGCGGGCGACCUCCCGCCGCUGGAGCCCGCCGCACUCUCGCCUCCAGACGCGGCCAAGGCCUGGGGCUGCGCGGCGACGGAGCCCUCCGACGCUGGCCCCUGCGGGGGGGGGCGCUGCAUGGAGGCGGCGCGGGGCGCACGGCCCGAGGUCGGGAGCCACGCGUCGGCGGGGGACGCCGGGCGGGUCAUACCGCGGCAGCUGGUGAUGACCGCGAAGCACGCGACCUUGGAGGAGAUGCCCGGGGCGGUGCAGCAGAACGUGCGGCGGACGCUGGCGCUGAACCCGGACAUGCGGGUGCGGUGGCUCGGCGACGAGGCCUGCGGCGACUUCAUCCGCGCCAACUUCGGGAGCGGGCUCCUCUCCGCGUUCCUCGGCGAGCGCCGCGGGAGCUUCCGGGGGGACAUCUGCAGGUCGGCGGUGCUGGCGCUCGAGGGCGGUUUCUACGUGGACCUGGACGUGCAGAUGCGCGUGCCCUUCUCGCAGAUGGUGGACAAUGCCACCACCUUCGUGUCCGCGCUCAGCCCGGGGGCGCCCAAGGCCCAAGAGGCAGGAUGA